AUGCAAAUGUUGGUAUUGGCAAACUCUAGUUUUCGCCUAAACUCAUUUUUUUCUCUCUGUUGUAAAACCAAAAUUUUGCCACUAUUUUUACUUCUACCAAAAACACCUAAAAACAACCAAAACUUCUCCUUACUUAUGUCUUCUCAAGAAUUAGCUUUGGUUAAUAAGGUAGAGCUUAGAAUAGCUUUAGCUGAAAACGACAAGCAAUUCGAGAAUGCCUUAAACAUAUAUCUUGCUCCAGUCCUAUUAAAGUUAGCCAGUCCUCACAUUGAAGUGAGACAAGCUGUACUCAAAAUCAUUCAGCAUAUAGUACCAAGAAUAACGGCAGCAAGGACAAUUAAACUCCCAGUGGAAGCUUUGAUCCAACAAAUCAAAACCCCCAAUGUUGAGACUGACCCAACAUCUGUUAGACUAUAUUCCGCUUUAUUUGUUUCUAGAGGUGUGGAUAGGUUAAAUGAAGAGGAAAAGAAACAACUCAUCCCCACUAUCAUUGAAGGUUUACAUAACUAUCCCAAUUCCAUAUCAGCAAGAAUUUUCAAUAUCAUCUGUAAGUUAUUGCAGAAUUGGAAAAUGCCUAUGAAAGGGACAGACGAAUAUGACAAUAUGAGAAGGUUUUUACAAUUAGACAAGAACCCAAUUGAUGAACAAUAUUUGUCGUUACUUAUUAGCAAAUUUCUCUUGCUAUUACCCGAGUCUACAAAUAAGGCUACACCGGGAUUGAGUGUACAAGAUAAUGCUUUUUUUACAACCGACGCAGCAGUCACUUAUAAAACGAGAGACGAUAUUUUCCAAGUCAAAAAUAAUCUACUUGAAUUUUUGAAAUCUGGUUUUAUUCCUGAACAAAUUGCCUUGCCAUUAUUAAUUGCAUCGGCAGAUCCUUCGUCUUCAAUAAAUGAACCAUCAGAGAUCGCAUUUAGAAAAUUGGGCGUUGAUUUUGAUCUGAUUAUCGUGUAUGAUAAUAUAUCAUUUAUCGACUAUAUCAUUCUGUUGUUUCUUGGCACAAAUGCUCCAGCAGUCGACUCGAAUUUGCAAUGCAAAAUCUUGCAGGUUUUGAUUAAAAGUCAUAAAGUACAUUCGCAGGACAAAAUCGCGUCAGCUGCUCUUGGAUCUGAUAACUCCAGAUUGAGACUGUUGGCAAUACAGUUUAUAAGAAAGCUUGGCCAGUCACCAGUGCCAGAGGAAAAUUUAGAAAAAUUCAACGAAGACAUCGCUCAUCAAUUGAGAAACAGUAUAAUCGCAGAAGGAUGGCCAUGUGUUGAAGUGUCAAUGGGGACAAAUUAUCUGAACAAAAUCAAGGACGUAAACUCGAAAUACGAAGCGUUGGGUGAAAUUUUGAAAUCACAGCCUAGUAUAUUUUUUAAUGACUGGUCCUUUUUGGAGUUCUUAUUUGAUUCGUUAGGGGCAACAAAUCAAUCACCAGAAUUGACCCCUUCCAUUCAGCAAGCGCUUUCAGGACUAACAGUGCAUUUGAGCAGUUUAUCUGACUCCAGAAAAAUUGAAUUAAAAAGUUUGUUGCGGAAGUACAUUACUAUUGAUUCAGCCAAAUACAUUGUUGUUAAAUAUGUCAACUCAACGUACCCCUUCCAAGACCCAGAGGCAAGGUAUUUGUCUAUUUUGGGUACAUCAAAAACCCAUGCUCCUCACACUAUUGAAGAAGGUUUGAAUGGAUUACAUCCUUAUUGGUUCAAUAUAAACCAAGCUGGAAACACCACUGAAUUCAAAUCUACUUCAUACUUAUUAGGGCAAGAAUCAUCAGUUGAGUUCCCAUCAUUUGAGUCUUUUAUCGCCACUUUACUGACUGAAAUUGAAAAUGCUAAAACGUCUCACGACAAUGCAAUUUUUUUGUCGCUUCCUAAGGCAAUUGGGUUUGCCGAGCAAGUAUUAGUGAUGAAUGCAGUCAAAGAUAAGACGACAGUUAUUGCAUGUGAUCAAGACUGGUCCAUUAGACUUGAAAAGGCAAUUGAGAUGAAUGACACUGUGAGAAAUUUAAUUAUUGCAAAAAUGCAGAACCCCACAGUUCAGGAAAGUGUAUUCAAGUUGUUGUCUAUUUGUGUUGAUGCUGUCACGGGCCAAUUUGACAAUUCAACUAGUAUUACCACAGAUACUUCUUAUGGUUUGAUAUUAGCUAGAUUAUUGUCCUCUGCAUUCUCAACAGCGGUUGAAGCACUAAUUCCAAAGUCCCAAGAUUUAUUGCGUUUGGUUGAUGCUGAUGUUCUUGAUGAUAUUUCUUUAGCACGAGUAUGCAAGUCGUUUGCUAUUAUUGCUAGUCAUCCAGGUGUAUCCGAUGAGGAUGUUGGCUCUUUGUUAAACCAACUAAUUGCAAACGCAACAUAUAAAAAGUCAAAGGGUAGACUAUUAGCAGCCAGUUAUUUAAUUUCUAGAAUAGUGUUGAGAAACAGAUUACAGGUCAUUCCAACCUCAGUUUUGACAAGUAUCUUGCAAAUGCUUGAAACGAUGUUAUCAGAAUCUGGUUUUUAUUAUCUGGCAUUAGAUGCAAUUUCACAAUUAGCUAUGUUUGGCGUGUUGGGCCCCAUAGUCAACCAAGAUUUAUCGUCAUUUGUUGAUAGAUUCAAGGAUAUUAUCAGAGCUAAGGUGAAAAAGAUUGACGAACGUUCAGUUAUAGCAUUCGGGUAUUUGACCUUAACUGGAAAAACUGGGCUGGAUUCCGAAAGUUUGAGUGAUGACGAACAAAUAAUUUUCAACACCCAUGUUUCAAAACAGGUGGAAUAUUUGUUUACUUCUGGAGAAGCACUUGUUGUCGCUGCUGCUGGUUGGAACUCAAAAUUAUUAAGCAAACAGUUGGACAUUCCCGAUGCAACUGUCGAGUAUAUUCCCCAUGAUACAUCACGAGUGGCAGCUUUGUUGAACAAUAUUCUCGCUGCUUGCAGAAACACUCAGCCAUCCUUAAGAAAAGCAGGUUGUAUUUGGUUAUUGUCUCUUGUACAAUAUUGUAAUAACCUUGAUGCUGUUCGUUCCAAAGCAGCAGAAAUUCAUGUUGCAUUUAUGAGAUUUUUAGCUGACAGGGACGAAUUGGUCCAAGAAUCGGCGUCAAGAGGGUUGGGGUUGGUUUAUGAAAUGGGUGAUUUUGAUUUAAAAGAAACACUUGUGAAAUCAUUAUUGAAAUCAUUCACCCAAUCAAACACUUCAUCUUUCACGUCAGGAUCAGUGGAGCACGAUACUGAAUUAUUUGAACCAGACUUGUUACGGACAAACGAGGGGUCAGUCUCAACUUACAAAGAUGUUUUAAACUUGGCCCAAGAUGUUGGUGAUCCAAGUUUGGUGUAUAAGUUUAUGUCCCUUGCAAAAUCAUCGUCGUUAUGGUCUUCUAGAAAAGGUAUAGCGUUUGGAUUAGAAUCAAUUUUGGCACAAUCAUCAUUAGAUAAACUUUUGACAGACAAUCAACAACUAGCUGAUAGAUUAAUUCCCAAAUUGUUCAGAUAUAGAUAUGAUCCAAAUGUCGGAGUUUCUACAUCUAUGAAUGAUAUCUGGAAUGCUUUGAUUAAGGACACUUCCAAGGCAGUAGAUGCUAAUUUUGACAAAAUUUUAAAAGAAUUGUUAACUAGUAUGGGUAAGAAAGAGUGGAGAACCAGACAAGGGAGUACUGCUGCCAUGAAUGAUUUAUUGCAGAUGGUAGAGUUGAACAAGUAUCAGUCUAAACUUGACGAUAUAUGGACCAUGAGUUUCAGGGUUAUGGAUGAUAUCAAGGAAAGUGUGAGAAAAGAAGGCACUAAUUUAACCAAAUCAUUAGCAACUAAAUUGACUCGAUUAUUGGAAACCAAUUCUAAUGCGUCCACCAAUACAAAAUCUAUUUUACUGUUCUUGAUUCCAUUUUUACUUGGUAGUAAAGGUUUGUUGUCUGAUUCACAAGAAGUUAAAGAUUUCGCGUUGGAAACUGUCUUGAAAUUGUGUAAAUCAGGAAACAAGAGUAUGAAAGAGUAUGUCCCAGAGUUAAUUGAGAAUUUCAUAAAUUUAUUUUCAAGUUUAGAACCGGAAGUUGUCAAUUAUUUAGUUUUGAAUGCCAGCAAGUACAAUGUUGAUCAUAAUGAAAUUGAUGCGAAAAGAAUGAAGAGUGUGGGACAUUCGCCAUUGAUGGAUGCAAUUGAAAAAUUAUUAAAUCAAUUGGAUGAUUUAUUGCUACCUGAUUUCAUUACCAGAUUGGAAAGAACAAUUAAGAAAGGAGUUGGUUUGCCUACCAAAGUAAGUGCUGCAAUGGUAAUUAUGAAUAUGGUAACCCAUCAUCUUCAUAUGGUUAAACCAUAUGGUGACAGAUUAUUGGUUGUUGCCAUGACUCAAAUUAACGAUCGAAACGACACAGUUGCUUCAAGCUAUGCAGCAGCCUGUGGUCAUUUGUGUCGAAUUGCGAAAGUGGAAACAGUGAUUAAAUAUUCAAAUAAAAUCACCAAGAUGUACUUUGAAGCAACCGACGCUGGUGACGAAAGGUCAAGAGUUUUGGCAUCCGUAGCCAGUGAGAGUGUCUCCAAGUAUUCUGGGGAUAAAUUCGAAACAGUAGCUUCAGCAUUUUUACCAGUUGCGUAUAUCGGAAGAUUCGAUCCUAGCAAAGAAGUGGUUGAGAAUUUCGAAAGAGAGUGGAUUGAAAAUACCAGUGGCGGUAAUUCAGCAAUCAAAUUAUACCUUGUGGAAAUUAUCGAUUUAGUUAAAAAAUAUCUCAAGUCUAAUGAUUUCUUGAUAAGAAAGACAUUAGCCAAGGCACUUUCAAACUUGUGUUUGGUAAUUGAUAAUUUGAAUCAAUUUUCUAUUACAAUAAUUGAUGAAAUUCUAAAGUUAUUAAUAGAAUCCAAUAAGGGAAAAUCUUGGGAUGGUAAGGAAUUGGUUUUUGAUUCAUUGGUAUCGUUUGCCAUAAUGUCCAAAACGUAUAUUGCACAUCAUCAGGAUAUUUACGAAGCAAUUAAUAAAACUGUAACGGUUGAGAUCAAAAGACGAAACAAGGCUUAUCAAAAGCAUGCAAUUGUUUCUUGUGGUAAGUAUAUCCACCAUUUCCAUGAAGACGAUGAACUUGUUGACUUAUAUAUUGAAAUCAUGACAAACGUGUUGAGUGAUAGAUAUGACUCUACUGACGAUGACAGUGAUGAAGAGAUGGAUGACGAGGGAGAUACCAGAAAAUUGAAUGCCAAAGAGAACAUUGAAUUAGAGGAAAAGAAAUUGAAGAUUUUGAAUAACGUGGCAGUUGCAUUUUACACACAGCCUGAUAUUAAUAAUCAAUUGUUUGAAUUUGUGUUUGAUCGAUUAGUGAAAAUUUUCCAAUCACAAUUUAUUGAAAAUACAUGGAGAUCUAAAUUGGAAACUACAGAAAUAUUUAAGAAAGUAUUGACAGAAAUAGAAGACUCGGGGAAACAAGUAAAUGCCAAUCUAUUAAUCAGUACAUGGGAGUUUUUGAAACAAAAGUGUCUAACGGUCGAUUCUAUUGAAAACGUGAAAAUUCAAUUUAUAAGGUUAUCAAAACAAUUAAACCUCUACUUGAACAAAGUACACCAAACACUGACUAUAAUCGAUGCAUUGGAAGAGUUUUCCAGAACAGAAAAUUCAAAUGUUGUGUUAACAGAACUUAGAAAAACUACAUAA